AUGCAGAGCUCAUCUACCGUUUCGGUGUCGGCGGCAACGCCAACACAGCAUCCUUUCCAGAGGAAGAUUGAUGACAUCAAGCCGUCCAAGACGGACAUCAACUUCGUCAUCAUGGACUACCUGGUCAGCGAAGGCUACCCUAGGGCGGCUGAGAAGUUCGCCAAGGAAGCCAACAUCCAGCUACCUCUUGAAGAGGAGUCCAUACAGUCCCGCGUAGAAAUACGACGGUCUAUCCAUGCUGGCGACAUUGACACCGCCAUUACUAAGAUCAAUGAUCUAAACCCUCAGAUUCUAGACACAGAUCCAUCGCUACACUUCGCGCUGUUGCGUCUGCAGCUUAUUGAGCUCAUCCGCACAUGCACAUCAUCUACUGCCUCCGACAUCACACCUGCUCUCAGCUUCGCGUCGUCUCAGCUAGCUCCUCGCGCAGCUACGAACACGGACUUCCUGAAGGAUCUCGAGCUUACUAUGUCGUUGCUCAUUUUCCUCCCCGCUACACCUGGAACACUGCAGAAGGAGCUCAAUGAACUGCUUGAACCUUCGCUCCGUCGGCAUGUCGCGAGCAAGGUCAACGAGGCAAUACUCACGAGCAUGGGGGCACAUGGAGAGUCACGCAUGAGGAGUUUGGUGCGCCUACGCCAGUGGGCGGAGACCAAGGCGCGAGCUGCUCAAAAGGACAUCCCUCCCGUUCUACCUCUUGGCUUGCAGGACGCCGAUGAGCGGCCGGCCAACGGCAAUGGUGAGGCUGUCGACGUGAUGGUGCAAUAG